UGGAGAUAGAUGAGACAGGCACAGCAACCGGUGAUAAGGGAGGCAUGGCAACUGGCUAUGAGGGAGGCAUGGCAACUGGCUUGGAGAAUAAUCUUAAGGUCAUUGACAGGCAAGAGGAAAACUGGGAUGCCCUGGAAGUGGAAAGCACAGAGGAGGAUUCAGAGAUAGAUGAAGGAGGCACUGUAAACAGUGAUGAGUAUAAUCUUGAGGACGUUGACUGGCAGGAAGUAGACAGAGAUGCCCUGGAAGUGGAAAGCACAGAGGAGGAUUACGAUGGCGACGACGACUUAAAUGAUUCAGAUUAUGUUGCUCCGUCUGAUGAAGAAGAUUCCACUGAUGAAGAUUUGUCAGCAGGAGAAGAUGAAGCAACUAUGAGUGAAGUGAUUCCAGUAAUGAGUACUGUCAGUACAAGUGCAAAAACAGUACAAGUACAGAAAUCAAAUCUAAAUUCUAAAGGAAAUUUAGGUAACAAGUCACAUGCUUGUGUGUUCUGCCAUAAAUUAAGACAGAAUAUUGCAAGGCAUUAUGAAAGAGAGCAUGAUAAUGAAUUAGAAGUUGGAAGAAUUUUAGCCUUAAAACCCAAAACUAAGGAAAGAAGAAAAGCAUGGGAAUUAUUGGUGAACAAAGGGGACUUUGCCCAUAAUUUUAAUGUGCUUGAGAAAGGAUAUGGACAGAUUAUUCCAAAAUACAGGAAAUCAGAAGAGAGUGAAAUAAGCAGUCUUCUUCCAUGUCAAUUCUGUUCUGGAUUGUACAAAAAAAAGGAACUUUGGAAGCACCAAAAGUCUUGCAAUAAAAGAAAUGAAUGUAACUCUUGUAUUAGCAUGGGUCCAAUUGCAGCUGGAAAGAAGAUGCUUCCAAAAUUGAGCAGUAACGAAAAAUUUGAAACAAAUGUUCUCAACAUAAUGAGAGAUGAUUCUGUAAAGCAAGCUGUUUUGUCUGAUUCAUUAAUUUUGCAGUUCGGAAUGAAUGAGUAUGAAAAGCAAGGAGACGAACAUAGAACUGUUUAUACAUCUAACAAAAUGAGAGAACUAGGUCGCCUUCUAAUUACUUUGAGAGCUAGAAACAUCAAGUCCAUCGAUGAAUGCAUGAGAGCCUGCAAUUGGGACAUAUUUAUUGAAUGUGUCAAGAAAGUAAGUCAGUUUGACAAUAACUCAUUUGGGAUUCCUUCAUUAGCCUUAAAUCUUGGCUAUAGAAUGAAAAAUGUUGCAGAAGAGGCAUACUUUCAAGCUUUGAAAUUAGGAGACACAGCUCAAAAGGUAAAAUUUGAGUCAUUCCUGAAAAUGUACCAGUUGAAAUGGAAGUCUAGCAUAUCCUCACAGGCUUUGCGCAGUCUUGAAAACAUAAAGUAUAACAAGCCGAAGUACCUACCCCUAGUUGAAGAUGUCGUUCUUCUCAACAAGUUUCUCAAAAAAAAAACAGAUUCAUUCUUGCAGACAGAAAAUAAAGAACAUCUGUCUGAACAAUACCCAGAGUUUGCCAAAGUCUGUCUGGCCCAUGUAAUAUUAUUCAACCGAAAGAGGAGUGGGGAAGCUCAAAGAAUGACUGUCAAACAGUAUAAAAUGGCAAAGAAAGGUGGUAGAGUUGAUCCAGUUGUCAUGAGUAUUUUGACAGAGUUUGAAAAAAAGCUAUGCCAAACCCACCUUCGAGUUGAAAUAAGGGGCAAAAAGGGACGAAAAGUACCUGUGCUUUUCACAAAAGAAAUGCAGCAAAAUAUUGAAAUGCUACUGAAAAUGAGAUCAGCUGCAGGAAUAUCUGAUGAUGGCCUAUUAUUUGCCACACCACGAAACGAAAGGAAUCCAUACAGAGGCACAGAUGCAUUAAGGAAAAUGGCCACGAGUUGUGGAAUGAAGGAUCCAAGUUUGAUAACAUCAACUAACCUACGAAAACAGCUUGCAACCUUGGCACAGAUAUUGAACAUGAAAGAAAAUUCUCAAGAUCUGCUAGCAACAUUCCAGGGCCAUGAUAUCAGAAUACAUAGAGAGUUUUAUCGCCUCCCUGAAGAUGUUCUACAAAUUGCCAAAAUGUCGAAAGUUCUCCGAUGUAUCAAUAAUGGAACCAUCAACAAAUUCAGUGGGUGUGACUUUGAAGACAUAACCUUCAAUCCAGAUGAAGCUGUGGAGUCCGACACCAGUGACAGUGAUGAUGGCAAUGAAUCUGGUGAAGAUCAAAUUGUUGACCAUUCAGAUAUCACCGAAGGUAACAAAGAAAACCCAAAUGUUGUUGGAAAAGUUGCAAUGAAAAGACACAGAAGAGAUGAUUUAACUGAGAAUGAACAGUCAAAAGUACGGAAGGAGAAUCCAAAGGAAAAGGCAAAGAAAACAGCAGAUAAACACACUUGGAGCAAUGAAGAGAAGGAGGCACUGAAGUCAUUCUUUGAAAAACAUAUUAGACUGUCAAAAGUGCCAGGAAAGCUGGAUUGUUUAAAUGCCCAAAGAAAGCAUAAAUGCCUUGUAAACAUUAAUUGGAAGAAAAUUAAGUUUGCUGUAUAUAACAUGUUGAAAGCAAGGAAAAAUAUGUUCCAUUAAACGUGCUCAGCUUUAUAAUAAGGAAAAAUGAAAAUUGUCAACUAUUCAUGUACUAAGUGCCAAAUGAAAGUUAUUACCCUAGAAGCGCCCGGUUUUGAAUCACAUAAUGUACUUUUUGGUUAUGAUGUGUGCAUACUAGUAUACUGGUAAUCUGUAACAACGUCCGUCAACAAUUUCUUCAGACGACCACUCCUCUUACCCUAUUACCACUCAGAUACGUGUUUUUACAGGUCUGCCACCCGUGCAGAUCCAGGACAGCCAGCACAUCCAUGCCGUCUGGUCAGCAUCUGCACUGUUCAGGAAUGAAUAUUGGACCUAUAGCGAACAGUGGUGAUCCUGAUCGGACAGCUCAGAUGUGCCGGCUGGUCUUGAUCUGUGCUGGUCGCAGUCGCUUUUUAACAACUAUCCAUCUGGUAGCGAGUUAAUCCUACAGUGUAUGUAAGAAUGUUCAAAUCGUUGAACUAUUAUCUGUGUAUUAUGCUAUGUUUUAUUUCUCAUUUGUUACUAAUUAAAUUUAAAAUGUAAGGUAAUUUUUUUAUAUUCUGUACAUUAUUAUCCUUCUUUUUUACGGAGCUAUUGUUGUAAAAUAAGUUUUAAAAAAUUAUGUUAGCCGAUCAAAUACUUAAUGAAAUUCAUAUCUAUUUAUUAUAACACCUUACAUAAUUUUUAUUACAAUUAACGGUAUGCCAGAUAAACUCUACUGUAGUACUUUUUAUUCUGUGUAUAAGAAACAAAAUCGUUAAUUACAUUAAUGAUAAUUUUACUGAGUACGUUUUUCUUGGAUUUUAGUUCAUAUUCCAACUUAAUCUAUAUACACGUACAUACAUUAUCAAUGUGAUAAAUUAGUUUGGUUAGUGUGUCUGUUGGUUGCGUGUGCCCCUAAAAUGGUCAUUUGAGUAGUGGGGAAACCAUGAUGUCUGUUAUUGUGUGUGUCAAGGCCAUAUCUCUGUAAACUUUAUACACUGCUUCCUAGUCAUCAUGACUACUGAAAUAAUUAAUUUUGAUAACUCUUAAUUGAAUUUAAUUCAGAUUGUGGCCUUUUUCGACUUAGAAAUUUCACUGAAGUUUUUGCUAUAUCUCUGUAACCACCUCCAUCAUUCGAUUGAAACUUCAUUAACAGCUUCCUAGUCAUUAUAAUGCUAGGAUAAUCAAGGUUGAUAAGUUUUACUUGUAAUUAAUUAAAAUUUUGGCCCUUUUUGACUUGAAAGUUUUGGCUUAGCUUUUGCAUGCAAGUAAUCAUCAAGGCCAUAUCAAUAUAACCACUUGAUGGAUUAGAUUUAAACUUUAUCACACUGCUUCUCAGUCAUCAUUGCUUCUUGAAUAUUCAAGGUUGACGAGUCUUACUUGAAACUUGAAUUAAAUUCAAAUAUGACCUUUUAAAACUUUGGAAUAUUUUUGACAAUUGCUUUAGAGUCAAGAACUGAGAAUAGUCAUGCAUGCUGUCCUAUCGGCAGGUCUUGUUAUUAGAUCUUGUACAGUUAAAUUAUUGUGGUUAUUUUUUGCAUAAAUCAUGACCAUUUAUUGUUCUAAAACCUGGCCCCAAUUUCACAAUUAUUUAAUCCAGCUUAAGUUUCAUCCAUGUAUUUUCCUCCUUAUGUUUUACUGCUUUAAAUCUUAAUUUUAAUAAACAAUAUUUUUCUGACAUAUAAUUAGGUUCACAAAUUUUAUUUUAAUUUACUUUAAUUAUGAAAAUAAUAAGAGUAACCCUGUUAUUUUUCACAUAUAAAUUUCUGGAUUAAAACUUAAGUAGCAUUAAACAAUUGUGAAAUUGGGGUCUGAUUUAAAAAAAUUAAGUGAAUCAGUGAAAUGAAAUUGUUAAACGUCAAGAUGUUAUUUUGCCUGUUUUACUCUUACUUGAAUAUAUCUUUACAGUAAUAAAGGUUCUGUUUCUGA